GGUUCUGCCGUAAAGUGACAUGGCAGCAGCCGAUAGCAUGUUUGACACUUGACUUCUCUAACGACUACCUCUUUUUCAUUUACUUCUUUAACGACUACCUCUUUUUCAUUUGGAUGUUGAAUAGGACCUUUCUUGUGUAGCCUGUGGUCGACUCUUGGCCAUGUUUGUGUUGGUGGAGAUGGUCGACACUGUCAGGAUUUGUCCCUGGGACUUCCACAAGCAAGUCAACGAGGCAGUGGCCGAGGAGCUCAACAAGAAGCUGGCCAACAAGGUGGUGUACAACGUGGGGCUGUGCAUCUGCUUGUAUGACAUCACCAAACUGGAGGACUCCUACAUCUUCCCGGGGGAUGGCGCCUCACACACCAAAGUCCAUUUCAGGUAUGUGGUUUUUCACCCGUUCCUGGAAGAGAUCCUGGUGGGCAAGAUCAAGUACUGCAGUCAGGAGGGCGUUCAUGGUGAGCUCACUCUUUGACACUCCAAUCAAAGGCCUGGUAAAGGAACUGCAGUCAUCUGCAACCAAACGGCUGAUAAUGCUUGGGUUGAUUGAUGAUGAGCUGUUUUCCACCAAGAGGAAGAUGCUUUCAUGUCGGAGUGAGGACCAUCCAUGUGGGAGAACGGCCGAUACCAAUACCGAUCCCAUGUAUUAACUGAAAAUAUUUCAAUGUAUUUAUGGUGUAACAAUAUUUACAGUAGUUCCUUAUUUUCUUAGAUAAACAAAACAAAGUCAAUAGUACACAAUAGCUAAACAAAAGUGAAAACUACUAUGUAUCAUUUAAAUCCUUUGCUUUUUGCCCUCAAAGUCAACAAAAACAACAACAAAAAAGAUUUCAAGGAAAUAAGGAUAUCAGUUUGAUCACCCUAGUAUCGAUCAUAUACUGAUAGUACCCUUGGGGCUGACACUGGAUCGGCCCUCCUCUUGACUUUGACAAUGCUGACACUUUAACUCUUAUUAUGUUAAUAUCUGCUUACUUCCUGCUCUAACAUGCUUCCAGCAACAACUUUACUAAACACUUCCUUAAUGUGUUGUUUCAAGCUAGCUUAGCUAUUAGCAUGUGUGCUCCUGGUGUGUAACAUGUUAGCUGCAUUAUGGCCGCCUGCCACAGCAGAGUAAAGGCCCACACACCUUCAAAAUGAGGUUUUUUACGUGAAAAGAAAAGAAAGUAAUACAAUGUAUUGUAGCGUCCACAAGAAGGCACACGUGGACCCCGACUUAAACAAGUUGAAAAACUUAUUGGGGUGUUACCAUUUAGUGGUCAAUUGUACGGAAUAUGUACUGUACUGUGCAAUCUACUAAUAAAAGUUUCAAUCAAUCAAUCAAUCAAUCAAUCAAAUCACAAAGUAUGAUGCUGUUUUUAACUUUUAUUGCCAAUCUUAUGCUAA